UUCAGUGUUUUGUGUUGGUAAAAGACAAUUUAGGUUUUUAGUGAUAUAUUCUCAUUAUUACACAUUUCCCUUUGUGGAUUUUUCUCUUGGGCUGUUAUUUUUGUUUUGUGUCAUUUUGAGGUCGAUUCUGCGUUGGUUUAGUGUUUUGUGUUGGUAAAAAUAAGGUUUUAGUGCUAUUACUCAUUUACCUUUGUGGGUUUUUCUUCGAAAAUGUUAUUGUUUUGUUUUGUGUCAAUUUGAGGUUGAUCUUGGGUUGCUUUAGUGUUUUUCAUCGGUAAAAUUGGGUUUUUAGUGGUAUUACUCAAUCUUCUCUUAUUGUAACUCGUUGUUUUGUUUUGUGUCAUUUUUAGGUGUUUUGUGUCAUUUUUAGGUUGAUUUUGGGUUGGUUUAGUGUUUUGUGUUGGUGAAAAUAGGUUCUUUAGUAGUAAUCACGGGAGAGGUGAUUUUUGUUCAUUUCAAUCAUUCGGAUUUGUACUUUUUUGAUGAUUUUUUGAUGGUUUUUAUGGGUUUUAGGUUUCUGUUUUUCUAUGAGAAAUGUUGCAAUAUAAAAAGUUUUGGGAGUAUGUAUUGUGUAUUUCGUCGAAAUGGAAUGCUUGGUAGGGAAUAAUGCUAUGUGUAGUUUAUCUCAUUUCAGAAUCCAGUAGUGUUUUUUCACCUAAAAUACAAAUAAUAGUUUAGGCCAGAGAAUAACAUAUUCCUGUGAAGUUUGGAAAUUGUAGAUUUUUCCUAUGAAUUUUCAAUUCUCAAGCAUAUCUCCAAAGUUCUAUACAUAUCUAUGUUCGUCGGUUGACUACCAUCGGUUGACCGCUGAUUUUCACCAUUAGGACAGUUCAUAUCUUAGAAAAGAUUUAAGUUUUUUUAAGAAUUUGUAAUGGUUUAGGAUCUACGGUUUUGAGGGACAGAAUAUAGAUGGUAGAAAAAAAAAUGAUGGUGAAAGAAUAUAAAAUGAUAUUUACUUAAGGGUAUAAUGGUUGCCUUCAUAAGAAAAAGUCGACUUUAACAGGUUGAUUUAUGGAGUGGGAUGAAUUUGUCAAUUCUGAAACAUUAAAGACAUGUAUUUGAUCUGCAAAAUUUUCAAGAGACAAGUCCAUGAUUUCACUACUUUGGACGGAGCGUUUCGUUCUUUUGGUGCUCUUUGUUGUAGUUUUUGUCAGCAUCAGAUUUGGCUGGGACACACUACAUAAGCAUGUAUGUGGCGCUUCUUUGUAAAUGUUUAAAAUUUAUGUAUUUACAAAUAUUAAGACAUUACCCUAUGCUUUACAUAAGAAACUACUACUGCCAAAGGUGAAUGUCAGCAACAGAAGUUCUUUAAAUCAUAUAAUUAAUUCUCUCUUAUAUCUCAAAUCUAUACUCAAUUGCCUAUUAUUUGUCCUUUUUGGGGUACACGUGUAAAAAUUAACCUUAAAUCUUGCUUUUUCAAUGCAUAUUGCACCCUAUUAUUUGGAUGGGCCCCAAUAAUGAAAAAGAAAGAAGGGCAAUAUACAAAACAUAUGUUUUAAGAGUUUUGGUAAUUGUUGGGGAGUGGGGUCAGCAGCCGCUGCAACCCUUUUUGGUUGAAUCAAUGGUAGUUCUGGCAUGCUUUCUGAGUGUUAGAAGAAUUUGCAGAAGAGAAGAUUCAUUGUAUGAGUAUAUGACUGGAGUUGGUGGUGGACCUUUUCUUCUCAUUAUUGUUGAUAAGAUCUUGCCUGAGAUCCAGAUUUCAUAUAGAAUUUUGGCUCAACUUCUGCUCGGGAUCGUCAAAAUAUUUUCCAAGAAAGUUGAUUUCCUCUAUCACGAUUGCAAUGAGGCUUUAGCUUAUGUCAGAUCAUUUGCGCCUGGCCAGCGAACUAUAUCUAAGGGAGCAACUAAGAGAUCAUAUUACAUAGUCAAGCAAGUGGCAACAGUGAAGUAUGCACCACAGACGAAAGAAGUAAGCUCGCCUGAACCUAUUGAGGCUAUGCGUGCACCGUCCGAUCAUGUUCACGUGACCUUCACGUUACCAAAAAGAUUUGAGCUUGAUUCAUUCGACCUCGAGAUUUCUGAUGAAAGAGAUGCUGCUGAAGCGCACCAACUUUCAGCACCUAAAGAUGUUUGGGAGGACGAACAUCGUCAUGUUUACUUUCAGGACAAGGAGUCGUAUCUGAGGGAAACAAUGGGCCAUGCGGAGUUCAAUUCUGCUUGUUUUACACCUGUGGAUGAUGUUUUCCCAACUGAAAUGAUGGAUAUUGAGCUUGAUACAAGCGAGCCUUGCAACUUUAACAUCUCAGCUGAGAAAGGAGAGAAACUACAAGGGGAGCUUCGUAACUUAGAUGAACAUGGGAGAGAUGAAGAUAUUGGAUCUAAAGAGAAGUCAAACAAGACGCCGUUAUCUGGGCUCGAGAAAGAAAUAAAUGAAGAGCGAGAACCACUAAGACCUAUAGUCUUGAAUCGAAGAAUAUCAUGGGAUAAUGAAAAGACUGAUUCUUUUCCUGCAGAAAACUUGAUAGCUGUAACACCAGCAGAAGCUGUUGAUCAGUCUCAUCUGCAAAAUGAUUCAGGGCUCGUUUCUCCUAAAUUUACAGUCACAACACCAGCUAAGAAAGAACAUGUUCGAAGAUUGAGGAAAAGAAAGACUUUGUUUGAUGAAACUAUUGUGCUGUCGAAUCAGACUCUGAGGCAAGCAAUACAUGAUGCAAGUAGCGUAGUUUGUAAACGCAGAAAAGCACCUCACACUUCUCUUGAUACUUGGAAGAUGGAAAGAAUCACUUCUUUAAAUUUCGUCGACCCUUUGAUGCUGGAUAUGCCCAAGGAGCUUCAAGCUCUUUUUUAUCAUAAACCACCUGAAUAUUCAGCAGAAGAAACUACUGGGCAUCAUGUUAAUACCGAGAAUGUGCAAAAUGGUCCCUCGAAUGAAAAAGUUACCGACAACGAUGGUACAUUCCAGGACGGCUGUGUGGGUACUUCAGCAGAAACUUAUAUGGAAGAGUUUAGUAGGGCUAACAAAUUGGAUGAACUGGAACCUUCAAAAUCAUCUCCUACUGGGCAGACAUUUGAUUCUGCUUUCGAAUUAAUGGACAGGGAUCUUGGUUUUGAUGGAGCAGAUGAUGGUGCUUUUCAGGGUAGCAGAUGGUCGACAAGAACUAGGGUGGUGGCACGGUAUCUACAUGAAGGAUUUUUGAAUCUGAGUCGUCGCAAACAAAACAACCUCCUGAGUUUGGCACGAAUUCUAGAUGGAAAAACAAGAAAGACGUGCGCCAGAUUCUUUUACGAAACUCUGAUCCUGAAGGGGCAUGGCUUCAUUGAUGUGAAGCAGGACUCACCAUAUGCUGACAUUUUCAUAUCACCAACUCCGCAACUUGAAGCAGGGACUUUAGGCUAGAAUACUAGAGUAACACCUCUCUGCUUCCUUUUUUUUUGGUGUAAAUCUCCUUUUUGCUUUUCUUCCUAUUUGGGAAGUAGAAUUUACAGGAGAUCUUUUUUUAGCUUUGCUCUUUUACUGUAGGACUGUUGGAUAGAAAGAUGUGUAUAUAAGACCUGUAACAGUUUUUAACUUUAAUUAGCAGCUCUUCUUUUUGUUAGUAA